CUAUAGGCCUACAAACUCAUCGGUGUUUAUUAGAUGUGUAUCAGGGCGUCUUUGAAAAUGUAUUUUAAACAGUUGUUUUCGGAAUAAUCUGGAUCCACUUAUACUUGAUAUAAUAUCUGGUGUAUUUUUGCCCCAUCCCUGUGUCCCAAACACACUGAGCUGUGACGUCACUGCUGGCGGUGGAGCAGCUGAGAGACACAUUAGCGCUUUCCUCAUGUGAAGUUCCUGCGAUAUGUUAAUUGAUCCUAUGAGUGGCAUCGUAUGGACUGCACCAAUAUUACUUUAACUCUGUUCAGCAAGUUGACAGUAAUACCGAAAAACACCGGGGCAGAAAAUGCUACGAAAGGAGACAUCUUGCUGCUACCAAGAGUUUAAUGAUGAGGAUUGUGCACGAGCAUCUGCAUCCUACCAGCACAAUGGAGAUGCUGCCCAGGAUCAAGAUGAAGCCAACUGUGAUAUCUUACCAGAUGUGGAUGUUAUGGACAGCAGUCCACACUCUACUGCCUUCAACAAAGCUUGUUUGAAAAAUGUCUUCACGGUCGUUCUUGUUCUCGUCUACCUUCUGCUGACAACAGUGGCCGUUUUUCUGGCCUACCAAACCAUUUCUGACUUCUUGGAGAAGCUCAAUCAUCCUGUAAUGUCUGUAUCAUUCAAAGAGGUUGAGGAGUUUGCUCCCCCAGGAAUUGCACUGUACCCAGGGAAAGCUCGGUUACUAAGCUGUCGACACCACUACCACGAUCAUAUUCCUCCUCGUUUAUUGGCAGGCCAGUUGGAGGCCAGUGACUGUGUAAUACAGGAAGUUAUUUAUACUGACCCAUAUACAAACCAUACAAAACAAGCCCUGGUGGUUGAAGGUCCAACAGAUGUCAGGAACCGAGAGCUCGUAUUUCUACAGUUCAGUCAGAACGAAACCGAAGAGGACUUCAGUGCCAUCAGUUACAUGCUGUUUGCCCAGUUCGGUGAUAUGGUUAAAAGCUCAAAUAAAGCUGAAUUCAUGAGGGACUGUGAAAAGAACUACUCAAUGUGGACUUUCUCUGGUGGCUUUCGUACCUGGGUCAAAAUGUCUUUGGUUCAGACAUCUGGGAAAAGAAAUGAAUCUGUCGAAUUCAGGCAAGAGUCCAGUGUGGUGAAGUACAAUGACAGGAGGUCUUCACAAGAGCAAACUGAUGAGCUUUUCUUUAUUGUGUUUCAAUGGCGAGAUCCAUUUAUACAACAAGUCAAAGAUAUUGUCACAGCAAACCCGUGGAACACCAUAGCCAUUCUGUGUGGGGUCUUGAUGGCUCUUUUUAAAGCUGCCAACUUUGCCAAGCUGAGCAUUAAGUGGAUCAUCAAAAUUCGCAAAAGACACUUAAGAGCAAAAAUUAGGGAAAUGAACCAAAUCAGCUGACUGACAAUUAAGAGUUGUCCAUUUUCCAACGUUCACUAUUCACUGUCAAUACUUUCAAUGUUCACCAAAAGGAUUUUAAUGUUAAAGAGAAUAUUUUAUUUUUAUAACUAAUUUCAACACAACAGUGAAUUAUUAUUUUUACUCAAUCAGUAUUUUAUUACUUGACAUCUCAGAAUGACUACUGACAUUACGUUGAAUAUUAAUACUAAUGUUCUUUGCACAAGGGCUGGAUGAGAGUAUAUCAAACUGGCUUUGACAAUGUACAGAAUCUUCUACAAUUCUUCUCCAGUCUUCUCUCAGAAACAUGAGUGCUAGAUGCUGCGUCAUCUUAUUUCAGUUCUCUAUGCAGCAAAUCCAACAUGGAUUUAGAACUUGAUCUCUCUAAGCAAAGAAUGCUUUGGGUGUGUAUUUUUUAUGUUUGACUGAUCACUGUUAUUUUUGACCAAAUCCAGUUGCAGCAUAAUUUGAAAUGUGCUCAGAGAACUGCUUGAUUUUAAACAAUCAUGUAUUAUGCAUUGUGUUUCUGUUAUGUCUGUUACUAUUUCUGUACCUUCGUGUGAUUUGUGUGACUGUCAGUUUUAAAACAGCAUACAUUCUUUGGCUGACAUGUUUUGACAAGUGUAUUGUAUUGUGAUUUCCAAUAUGUACUAGUUUAUUUUUGUCCUAUUUCUGUCCUGUUUGGUCAGUGACUGAAAGAGUACUUAUGUGAUUCCAUGCAAUUCCAUAAUGUUCAACAUAAUGUUGAAUUAACAGUUUGUUUAAAGACAGUAUAGAUUUGUGCACAUUCUUUCAUUCACCAGUAAGAAAGAGAAAGGAAGACUUAACACCAUUAGCUGGGCUUUAUGACUGUGCUUAAGUUUCCAUCUGAUUCAGAUUAUGAGUUCACAUACGGUUAUUAAAGCGAUUUCAUCAAA